AGUGCGCCGACUCCUAGACCGACCGAGCCACCCGCCCUCCGAGGUAAGCCACCAACGGAUUACCUUCGCUGCUGUGCUGGAUUUGAUCGUCACGCAAGACUGGAUUAGUGUUUGCUGGAACACGUAGCGUUCCGUCAGCGGUCACGAUGCCUUUCAAGCCCGUCGAGCAUGCCAAGUGCCCCAAGUGCGGCAAGUCUGUCUAUGCCGCCGAGGAGAUGCUGGCUGCCGGGAACAAGUGGCACAAGACCUGCUUCGUUUGCGGUCUUUGCCACAAGCGGCUGGACAGCACCAACGCUAGCGAGCACGGGGGCGAGCUGUUUUGCAAGCAGUGUUACGGCCGCAAGUUUGGACCCAAGGGCUACGGCUUCGGCGGUGGUGCCGGCUGCCUGUCCAUGGACAAGGGCGAGCAUCUCGGAAACACCGAGUGUUCCAUGAGCAACAAGCCACAUGACCCUACCUACGGUUAAAUGGACAGUGUCUACGACUGAGCGACGAAAUCCAGUGAUGCACUUUUGUAGUUUUUUUUUCUCUCUUUUACUCCAUCGUCACACAUCUAACAACUCUGCACGGAGUGCACGAUGCGAUCGCUUCAACGUACAGCACUUCGUGAACGCAACUCCCAAGAUAUUGCUUUUCAUUUAGAAGAGAGCAAAAAAGAAGAGAGGGAAGAACCGAAAUCUCGUGAGUCGUCCGCAAGCCUGGGCUGCAUAAUGCCGCGCCAGAAAAGUCGCCUUUUUUCCUUUCUUUCUUUUUCGAUUUCUUCCACCAGUCACCGUUUUUAGAUGAGAGGACUGCACGAUUGGCGAGGGUUAUUUUUAGAAUCCAGAGUACGUGUCCUGUAUUUGGCGAAAGCGUAUAUUUGUCGAGGGAAAUAUAAAAUUGUGCUUUAUUUUGCUUCACUGUGCUCAUUCCAUAAUGGAAACAAGCGUGCUCUUUGUUUUGCUUUUGUACAUGUCCACUUGUGUUUCUCGCAUAAGCCCGAAGGUGCAAGCGAAGAAGACGAGUUUUGAUCUAGUCUGAAACCCUCGGGGCGUCGCGCUCGCAGUUCCUGCACUCUGCUCGCUCCAAGUUAGAAGCGCAGGCCAUAAACGUCGAGCAUUGUGAAGACGAGGGACAGCGCGCGGCCAUACAGAAGACGAUGCGAUGGCCUGGCUCAGCGCUUGACGUUCCUUAGUCAUUUUGUGUUUCCCUAGUGCUACAAGAAUGCUAACGAAAAUUGCCCCUUCAGGCGUGAGGCGCGCUGUUACGUGUAGUCUUGUUAUUCAACAAGUACCAAAGGCUGUUCUCCGAGAAAUUAAAUUUCACCUGAAAUAAAGAUUCGUACGAUAAAUGAA